AUGGGGAAAUCAAAUCAAUCAGUGACUUCAGACUUCACUCUCAUGAGGCUCUUCAGCCACUCGGGGCCACAUCUAGCUCUAUUCUCCCUUGUGGCCAUUAUAUUCACCAUGGGCCUUCUGGGCAAUGCCAUCUUGCUAUUUCUGAUCCACACAAACUCCAGGCUGCACACACCCAUGUACUUUCUGCUCAGCCAACUCUCCCUGUUGGAUGUUGGUUUUCCACUGGUCACCAUCCCCAAGAUGGCAGCUGAUUUCCCUAAGGAAGAGAGUUCCAUCUCCUUUGGGGGUUGUGCAGCUCAGAUGUUCUUCCUGAUGUUGUUGGGUGUCUCUGAGGGUGUCCUGCUAUCCCUUAUGUCUUAUGACCGCUAUGUUGCUGUGUGCCACCCCCUGCGUUAUCCUAUGCUCAUGAGACGUCAGGUUUGCUUGCUCAUGGUGGGCACCUCAUGGUUGUCAGGUGUGCUUGUGGCCUCCAUUCAGACCUCCAUCACUCUGCAUUUCCCUUACUGUGCCUCACGCGCUGUGGACCACUUCUUCUGUGAGCUGCCCGCUCUGCUGAAGCUCUCUUGUGCGGAUACCUCUAUGUAUGAGUUGGCGUUGUCCAUCUCAGGGGUGCUGAUCUUGCUGCUGCCCUUGUCCCUCAUAGCUACCUCUUAUAGCCACGUGUUGGGGGCUGUUCUCCGCAUGCACUCAGCUGAGGCCCGACACAAGGCCUUCACCACCUGCUCCUCCCACAUCACUGUGGUGGGGCUUUUUUAUGGGGCAGCUGUGUUUAUGUACAUGGUGCCAGGAGCAUACCACAGCCCACAGCAGGACAACAUGGUCUCUCUCUUCUACAGUCUUGUCACCCCCACAUUCAACCCCCUCAUCUAUAGCCUGAGAAACCAAGAAGUUCGAGUGGCUUUGGUCAAGGUCCUUGGCAGAACUGGUUUCAGAUCAAAGAGAAGACCUCAUGGGAGGUGCUGA